CAGCAGUAGCAGCAGUAGUAGUGAGGGUAUCCAGCGUCUAUGACCGACGUCCCCUUCUUCCCCAACCACCACAAAACACCCUCUCUUCAAAUAAAACCAGUCCCUUCAUUGAACCCCCCUUCGAGAUAUAAUGUCAAGCACGAACAUGUGCAUCUUUUGAACGUUCCCCUGUGAGAAAACGGGCUCACUGGGUCUCUCCCCCAUUCUAAGCUUCGGCCGACGAACCUAUCGUGAAUCCCCAACGACAUCCCCCAGUGAACAACUCGCGACGUCAACCCCCAGUCGAGACAUCCAUAUACCGAUAAGCCCAUACCAACCUUACACCAGCUCCAAAGCCGCAUCUCGAACUUUUCCCAGCUCCUCAUAACCCUCCAACGAGCACAACCCACGAAACCAGCCCAGCCACCAUGGCGAACCCAUUCUCGAGCCCCGGGAACCGCACCACGAACAUGCCCACCGCACCCCCCGGCCACGCCCCCCGCCGCUCCUCCUACGCCGCCGUCGUCUCUGGCACAACCCCCACCACCGACGUCUUCGGCUUCGACAGCGGCAACCGCUACCUCCCCAGCUCCGACCAGCGGCACCUCAUCGAUCCGCGGCACACCCUCAACGGGUCAUGGGGCACGCCCUCGCACGGCGGUCUGCCGCGAUACUCGCGCGCCUACGCUGAGCUGAUCAAUACAUACGGGUACGACGGGGACGGGGACCAUUUCUUCGUCCCAUCGUACCUGCGGGGGUCGGCGUACAUACAGACGCUCGAGACGGCGUAUCGGGCUAAGGUGGCGGCGGCGAGGGAGGCGGCGCAGUCGAGACACUCGUCCCAGCCUGGAUCGCUGUCGACGAGUGCGAGUGCGGCGAAUUUGAACGUGGCGGGGAAACUGGCGCCGUCGCAUAGGGGGAUGACGUUUGAGCUGAUUGAGAAGGCGGCGCCGGUGGAGGCGGAGGGCGUGCAGAUGUUGCCGUCGAGGUGGAAUGCGAAUGAUAAGUAUGCGGGGUUGGAGGUGUUGAGGGAUGGCUGUGAGGUUGCGUUUACGGGGGGGAAGACGACGGAGUAUGAGGCGUAUUCGAUUAGAGCGGAUCAUGCGAUGCCGGUGCAGUCGGGGAUUUACUAUUUUGAGGUCAAGAUUGUGUCGAGGAAGGUGGAAGAUAGCUCGAUUGCGAUCGGAUUCUCGACGAAGGAUGUGCCACUCUCUAGACCACCGGGGUGGGAGCCGAAUUCUUGGGCGUACCAUGGUGAUGAUGGGCAUUCGUACUGUUGCCAGAGUUCGGGAAAGACCUAUGGACCUACGUUUACUACAGAUGAUGUUAUUGGAUGUGGCGUUAACUUUCAUACUGAAUCUGCGUUCUUUACCAAGAAUGGUAAUCAUUUAGGCACGGCGUUCCGCGAGGUUAGAGGGAAGCUCUUUCCGUCUGUGGGGAUGAUGAAGCCAGGCGAGCAUGUCUGGGUUAAUUUUGGGCAGAGUCCCUUUGAGUUUGAUAUUGAUAGUAUGAUACUGAAAGAGAAGAAAGCUAUUGAGGAGCAGGUUGCGGCGACGAGUACUGCGAAUCUUGCACCUCCACUCGAUGAGACGAGUUUGAUCCAGUCGUUGGUCUUACAAUACCUCGCACAUGACGGCUACGUCGAAACAGCCAAAGCCUUCUCCGACGAAGUACGAUCCGAGAAGCAAGCCCUAAACAUCGGCAACAAAGAAGAAGUCAAGGGCUUCGAAUUCCACGACGACGGCGACGCAAGCCAGCGUCAAGAAAUCCGCAACGCCAUCCUCGACGGCGACGUGGACAGCGCGCUCCAACUCACCGAAUCCCACUACCCCAAAGUGUUCGAAGACGACGAGGACAUCUACUUCCGCCUCCAAUGCCGCAAAUUCAUCGAGAUGAUCCACCGCGGCGCCGAGAUCCGCUCCCGCGCCUCCACCGGCCGCACUAACGGCCAUCACGAAUACGACGCCUACGACGACAUGGUGAACCAAGACAUGGAGCUCGACCACCCGCACGAGCAGAAUGGGGGGUUCGAUAAGAUGGACACCGACAGCGGCGGCGGCAACGGAGGAGGUGCGACCAAUGGCGCGGUGCACGAUGAUUAUGAUAGGCUCCUUGAGGAGACUAUUAAUUUCGGGAAGGCGAUUUCGGCGGAGUUCGCGCAUGAUAAGAGACAGAGUACGCAGAGGGCGCUGAGGGAUGCGUUUGCGUUGAUGGCGUAUGAGGAUCCGGUGAACUCGCCGGAUGUGGCGCAUCAUUUGGCGUUGCAUAAGAGGGUUACGCUGGCGGAGGAUUUGAAUUCUGCGAUUUUGGUCUCGCAAGGGAAGAACCCCUCAACGGCCCUCGAGCGCUUGAUCAAGCAAACCGUGGUGCUCGCAGAGGAUUUGGCCGAGAAUGGCGGCCCAGGGUCGUUUGUCAACGUCUAUGAUUACAUGAAGCCACGUCCGCCAUCGCCGAGCCCGUUCUAGACUCUAGACUUCCCGUCUUUCCCAGAUCCCGCUUUUUCGGCCACCCCCUCCCCUCCCCUCCCCUCCCCUCCCCU